GGGCGCCGCAGCCUGCGCAGCCCCGAGGACCCCGCGUCGCUCUCCCGAGCCAGGGUUCUCAGGAGCGGGCCGCGCAGGAGACGUUAGAGGGGGUUGUUGGCGGCUGUUGGGAGAACGGGUCACGGAAACAGUCCCUUCCAAAGCCGGGGCCAUCGUGGGGUGGGCGAGUCCGCCCUCCCAGGACGUGUGCAGACGGCCGCGGCCAGCCCCACCUGGCCCGGGCGGAGACGCACAGCUGGAGCUGGAGGGCCGUCGCCCAUUGGGCCCUCAGGGGCCUGAACGCCCAGGGGUCGCGGCGAGUCCACCCGGAGCGAGUCAGCAGCAGCCCGUGGAGUCUGAAGCAAUGCACUGCAGCAACCCCAAGAGUGGAGUUGUGCUGGCUACAGUGGCCCGAGGUCCCGAUGCUUGUCAGAUACUCACCAGAGCCCCGCUGGGCCAGGAUCCCCCGCAGAGGACAGUGCUAGGGCUGCUAACUGCAAAUGGGCAGUACAGGAGGACCUGUGGCCAGGGGAUCACAAGAAUCAGGUGUUAUUCUGGAUCAGAAAAUGCCUUCCCUCCAGCUGGAAAGAAAGCACUCCCUGACUGUGGGGUCCAAGAGCCCCCCAAGCAAGGCUUUGACAUCUACAUGGAUGAACUAGAGCAGGGGGACGGAGACAGCUCCUCGGUCAGAGAGGGGAUGGCGUUGGAGGAUGUGUAUGAAGUAGACAUCGGCACACUCAAGUCAGGCCUGCACUUCCUGCUGGAUUUCAACACAGUUUCCCCUAUGCUGGUAGAUUCAUCUCUCCUCUGCCAGUCUGAAGAUAUAUCCAGUCUUGGCACAGAUGUGAUAAAUGUGACUGAAUAUGCUGAAGAAAUUUAUCAGUACCUUAGGGAAGCUGAAAUAAGGCACAGACCCAAAGCACACUACAUGAAGAAGCAGCCAGACAUCACGGAAGGCAUGCGCACAAUUCUGGUGGACUGGCUGGUGGAGGUUGGGGAAGAAUAUAAACUUCGAGCAGAGACCCUGUAUCUGGCUGUCAACUUCCUGGACAGGUUCCUUUCAUGUAUGUCUGUUCUGAGAGGGAAACUGCAGCUCGUAGGAACAGCAGCUAUGCUUUUGGCUUCGAAAUAUGAAGAGAUAUAUCCUCCUGAAGUAGACGAGUUUGUCUAUGUCACCGAUGAUACAUACACAAAACGACAACUGUUAAAAAUGGAACACUUGCUUCUGAAAGUUCUAGCUUUUGAUCUGACAGUACCAACCACCAACCAGUUUCUCCUUCAGUACUUGAGGCGACAAGGAGUGUGCGUCAGGACUGAGAACCUGGCUAAGUAUGUAGCAGAGCUGAGUCUACUUGAAGCAGAUCCAUUCUUGAAAUAUCUUCCUUCGCUGAUAGCUGCAGCAGCUUUUUGCCUGGCAAACUAUACUGUGAACAAGCACUUUUGGCCAGAAACCCUUGCUGCAUUUACAGGGUAUUCAUUAAGUGAAAUUGUGCCUUGCCUGAGUGAGCUUCAUAAAGCGUACCUUGAUAUACCCCAUCGACCUCAGCAAGCAAUCAGGGAGAAGUACAAGGCUUCAAAGUACCUGUGUGUGUCCCUCAUGGAGCCACCUGCAGUUCUUCUUCUACAAUAAGUUUCUGAAUGGAAGCACGUCCAGAACUUCACCUCCAUAUCAGAAGUGCCAUUAAUCGUCAUAGGCUUCUGCACGUUGGAUCAACUAAUGUUGUUUACAAUAUAGAUGACAUUUUAAAAAUGUAAAUGAAUUUAGGUUCCCUUAGACUUUAGUAGUUUGUAAUAUAGUCCAACAUUUUUUAAACAAUAAACUGCUUGUCUUAUGA